CCUCUCCCCGCCCUGUCUGCCGGCUCCUCCCGCCUCCUCUCCCCGCCCCUGACUCUCCCUUUCUCUCAGUGUGUGUGAAGAUGGCGCCGAUCGAGGCCAGCAAGUCCCGGAGACGGGCCACUCACUUACCGACGCACAGCAAGUGUCCAGGCGGUGGGGAGGGUGAACGGCGGCAGCCGGCCGGAGACGAGGAAGACGAAGAGGAGAACAACCUAUGGUCGUCCAUCCUGAGUGAGGUGUCCACCCGUUCCCGCUCCAAGCUGCCGUCCGGUAAAGCCGUGCUGGUGACCGGAGAAGAUGGAUCUGGUAAAACCACUUUAAUAGCAAAAUUACAGGGUGUGGAGGACUACAAAAAAGGGAGAGGAAUGGAGUUUUUGUACCUCGAUGUUCAUGAUGAAGACAUUGAUGAUCACACACGAUGCAAUGUUUGGAUCUUGGAUGGUGACACUUACCAUAAAGGCCUCCUGAAAUUUGCAGUUACAUCUGAUAACAUAAAAGACACUUUACUUAUGCUGGUGGUGGACAUGUCCCGGCCUUGGAUGGUAAUGGAUUCAUUACAGAAGUGGGCCAAUGUUGUUCGAGAACACAUUGACAAACUAAAAAUACCACCAGAGGAAAUGAAAGAAAUGGAACAGAGUUUGAUGAAAGAGUUUCAAGAAUAUGAAGAGCCAGAUAAGGAAGUACCAGCUUCACCACAGCGAAGAAACACUGUGUUGCAAGAAACUGAUGAAGAAAGUGUGGUCUUACCUCUAGGUUCAAAUACACUUACACAUAAUCUUGGGAUUCCAGUCCUAAUAGUUUGCACCAAGUGUGAUGCAAUUAGCCUACUGGAAAAGGAACAUGACUACAGAGAUGAACACUUUGACUUCAUUCAAUCACACAUCCGUAGGUUCUGCCUACAGUAUGGUGCAGCGCUUAUUUAUACUUCAAUAAAGGAAAAUAAAAAUAUUGAUUUAAUGUAUAAAUACCUUGUCCAUAAAUUAUAUGGAUUUCCUUUCCAUUCGCCAGUACUAGUUGUGGAAAAAGAUGCAGUAUUUAUUCCAGCAGGAUGGGACAAUGAAAAGAAAAUAGGAAUUUUGCAUGAAAAUUUCCAGUCUUUAAAAGCUGAUGACAAAUUUGAAGAUGGCAUUAUGAAGCCUCCAGUAAGAAAGUUUGUACAUGAAAAGGAAAUUUUAUCAGAAGAUGAUCAAGUCUUUCUUAUGAAGCAACAGUCUUUUCUAGCAAAACAGCCACCUCUCUCAACAGGAAGACCGCUGGAUUCCUCAACAAGAGUUGCUGGAGGUUCUCCAAGAACGCCAAGCCGAUCUGGAAGUGCCAAUGUUGUCAAUGUAACUCCUAUUCCAGCAGGAAACAAAAAGAUUGAUCCCAAUAUGAAAGGUGCUGCAAGUGAAGGUGUUUUGGCAAAUUUCUUCAACAGUCUUCUCAGCAAGAAGACUGGUUCUCCUGGAGGAGGUGGUAGUAACUUACAAAGCUCUGCAAAGAAAGGUGGUCAUAAACCAGUCUUAACAGAUGUACAAGCAGAACUGGACAGAAUUGCACGUAAACCAGAAGCUGUCUCUCCAACCCAUACAUCCAUAGCAGAAGACAAAGCAUCCUGAAGAAAAGCUACCAAAGCGAAUCUUAAUACAAUACUCUGUUGUUGGCUUUGCCUCACCCUUUUCCUUCAGAAUGUGUACUGAGGAUCAAAGGCUGUUUUUGAAGUAAACUGGACUACUACGUUUUGAGUCUUCAAUGAGUUGUUCAAUGUAUGUAAGGAAACUAUAUUGAGAAGAAAAUACAAUGCUGCAAAUAUGAUUCUGGUAAUGUGUUUUCUGAGAGGAAAAAUAAUGAGAUGAGCUUAAUUAUUGGAACUUGCAUCUUUGGCUGCAAAUUAGCAUUAUUUGAACAAUGUUGAUGUGUCAUCUGUAUUUUCCAGGUGUUCAUUUGGGAAAUGUCUCAUACUGAUAGUAAAUACGGUGCUUGAAACAAAGGUAUCUAAACAUGUAUUGCUGGCCAGAGGCGUAGCAGGAAUUUAGGUGACAUAAACUUUCAGAAACUUGCAUCCUGAAAAUACUGCCUCAAAGAUGAAUUCUUGGUGGCCAAAUUUAAAAAGUAUGCAGAACUGAAGUAUUCUUACAACAGUCUUUAAAAUGCUGAACAAAAUGGCACAAUGCCUAAUUUUGUAUAGUAACAUGUUACUUGUAAAUUGCAAUGUUAAGAAAUGAAGAAAGGGGGCAGAGGUCAGUCACACAAGGACAGUACUGUACAUUACUUCAACUUGAACUCCUCAUCCUUUGUUCUAGUUGUUAGUAUAGUACUUCCUUUACUCAACCCUGUCUGGUUUCUGUAUUGUGCUGUUUCUAAUUACAGAAAGAUGUAAGGAUUGCAAUCCUUCAAUAAAGUUGUAUUUAUUCUCUGCAA